GUGCACUCAGUCCGCAACUGAACUCUCUCAGACGGACUGAGUGAGUGAGUGAGUGCGCUCGAAUUGGGGGGGGUUUAACUCCGGGAUGUUUCAGUGUGGAGCUCAAUAAACACCACGAAGCCGACUUUAGCACAAAAACGAUUUUACCCCACGCUUGUUCGGACAUUAGGGAAGAGCAGCCGUGUCCAAAACCGACGGACUUUUCCCCUCGACUCUCUUGUGAGGACUUCAGACCCCGAGAACUCAAGAUGUCAAUUUUGCCCUUCACUCCCCCCAUCGUCAAGAGACUUUUGGGUUGGAAGAAAGGGGAGCAGAACGGCCAGGAGGAGAAGUGGUGCGAGAAAGCCGUGAAAAGUCUGGUGAAGAAGCUGAAGAAGACGGGGCAGCUGGACGAGCUGGAGAGAGCCAUAACCACCCAGAAUAUCAACACCAAAUGCAUCACUAUACCGAGGUCUCUCGAUGGCCGCCUGCAGGUUUCCCACAGGAAAGGUCUUCCCCAUGUCAUCUACUGCCGCCUGUGGCGCUGGCCCGACCUGCAGUCGCACCACGAGCUGCGGGCGGUGGAGCUGUGCGAGUACGCCUUCCACACGAAGAAAGAUGAAGUGUGUGUCAACCCGUACCAUUACCAGAGAGUAGAGACACCAGUCCUCCCACCUGUGCUGGUGCCCAGACACACAGAAAUUCCCAGCGAGUUCCCGCCACUCGAUGACUACAGCCAUUCAAUCCCUGAAAACACCAACUUCCCUGCUGGAAUUGAGCCCCAGAGCAACUACAUACCAGAAACGCCACCACCUGGCUACCUCAGUGAGGAUGGAGAGACCAGCGAUCACCAGAUGACCCACAGCAUGGACACCAGCUCCCCAAACCUGUCACCGAACCCUGUUUCACCCACACACAGCAACUUAGACCUUCAGCCCGUGACGUACUGUGAGCCGGCCUUCUGGUGCUCUAUUUCAUACUACGAGCUGAACCAGCGAGUAGGAGAGACCUUCCACGCCUCGCAGCCGUCGCUGACAGUGGACGGAUUCACAGACCCCUCCAACUCUGAGCGCUUCUGCCUCGGCCUCUUGUCCAACGUCAACCGCAACGCGUCUGUGGAGUUAACGCGCAGACAUAUCGGCCGCGGCGUGCGGCUCUAUUACAUCGGAGGAGAAGUGUUUGCCGAGUGUCUCAGCGACAGCGCCAUCUUUGUCCAGAGCCCCAACUGUAACCAGCGCUACGGCUGGCACCCUGCCACUGUCUGCAAGAUUCCUCCAGGAUGUAAUCUGAAGAUUUUUAACAACCAGGAGUUUGCUGCCUUGCUCGCCCAGUCAGUCAACCAGGGCUUUGAGGCCGUGUACCAGCUCACCAGGAUGUGCACCAUCCGCAUGAGCUUUGUCAAGGGCUGGGGAGCCGAGUACAGGCGACAGACGGUGACCAGCACCCCCUGCUGGAUAGAGCUGCACCUGAACGGCCCCCUGCAGUGGCUGGACAAGGUGCUCACACAAAUGGGCUCCCCCAGCAUCCGCUGCUCCAGCGUCUCCUAGGGGGAAGCCGUCCAUGCAGCCACUUCCUGCACACGUGUCCUGUCAGUGACUAGAAACACACACACACACACACACACACACACGCAUGCAGAACAAAAGGAAACGGCUUCAGUACAGAAAGCGUGGAAAGACGUCGGUCCUCCUCGUUCUGUCUCUGGGUCAGUUCCUCCUCCAGCUGUCAGUAGCACUUUUGACAUUCAUGUUUGUGGCACAAGGGGACAAGUGCAUUAAAGCAGUACCAUGUAAGUAUGAUUUUUGUUUUAUCGGAAAUGUUUUUUGUUAAGCAGCAGCUUUGUGCCAGAGAAGCUGUAACAACAGGAGGAGUUUUCUUUCUUUUUCUUUGCUCUCGUUUGUUCAAAUUUCCUAAUUUCAUUGUCAUACUUUUUAUUCUCUCAUUUGUACAGAUGUGUAUGUGAACAGUGGAUUUAUAAAAAAAGAAAAGAAAAGAAAGAAAUGUUUGUUUUUAAGCAUAAUUACAUUGUGAAGCAUGUGUAAGAUCAUGUUUAAUGCAUUUCACUUGACUUUGUAUUUGGGGCAUUUGAAAUACAGAAGAGUAUGAAGAUGGCGACGAGGAGAAAAAAAGAAAAGGCUGAGUAUCGUUUUUUAAACACUGUGUGAAGGAAUAUAAUGUAAACCUAAUUCAGUCUCCUUUUUUCAGGAUUUCAAAGAUUGAUUCUAAUGAGACAAAAAUAUAGAGAUUUCAGACAGAAACAAAAAUGAUGACGCAGUUUCAGGUUCAGUGUGUGAGACGCUUCAGUCGCUCUCCUCUUUCUCAAGUGUGCCAGGAAACUACGGUGGCCUUCACGUUUUUGUAAUUAGAAAGCAAAGUGGCGUCCUCCACAGAGCAAGGCCCUUAAAGAAUACAACAAAACCAAACCAUUCUUUUAUUUUGAAACGAAUUUACACUUACACAAACAUACCUAUAUAUGAUUAUUCUCAUGCAGAAGAUCGACAGGUUACAGCUCUUAUCUUGAGUAUUUGAAGACAAUGAUUCUCCUCACUUUUGUAAAAUGUUAACAUUGUAAGGCAAUUGUUAAAGGUCCAGUGU